AUGCUGCCCCUCUUCCUCCUGGCCGUGGCCCUGCCCCUGCCCCGUGUGGCUGCGGGGGGCAUCUCCUGCUAUGACGAUGCCGGGCAGCCCGUGGACUGGUUCCUGGCCUACAAGCUGCCCCGGCCCCAGCACAGCCCCCCGGCCGAGGGCAUGCGCUACAUGUACCAGGAUGCCCGCUCCGGCGGCUGGGUGUCCGGCCGCGCCCUCAUGAACAGCACCCAGAGUGCCGUGGGCAGGACCCUGCUGCAGCUCUACCAGGGGGCAAACAGGCGGAUGGAGGACACGGCCUACGUCCUGUACAACGACCAGCCCCCAAAGAACGUCACCUCCUCCACCAGCACCAGGGGGCACACCAAGGGCGUGGUCCUGCUGGACAGAGCCCAGGGCUUCUGGCUGCUGCACAGUACCCCCCACUACCCGCCCCCUGCGCCGGAGACCUACGCCUGGCCCCACAGCGGCCUGCACAACGGCCAGUCCUUCCUGUGCGUCACCUUCCCCUACGCCCAGUUCAAGGAGAUUGGCACCCAGCUGAGGUUCUCCGACCCCGAGGUGUUCGACGCCCGGGUGCAGGGGGCCUUCGCCCAGGACCUGCCCGACCUGCGCCUGGCCUCCGAGAUGAAGCACGUGCAGGAGCCCCCCUGGAACCGCAGCGUGGCCCUGACCUCACUGGGGGGGCGCCGCUUCCUGAGCCUGGCCAAGUUCCGGCUCUUCCACGACGAUCUCUACUCCGGCUGGCUGGCCCAGGCGCUCUCCAGCGACCUCUACGUCCAGUUCUGGCCCAACUCGCGGGGGGUCCUGCCCUCCAACUGCUCGGGGCCCUACCGGGUGUAUAACAUCGAGGAGUUGGGCUUCCCGGCCCCGGGGCCCGACUUCUCGGCCACCGUUGACCACUCCAAGUGGUGCGUGAGCACCGAGAGCGUGCCCGGCUGGGCCUGCGUGGGUGACAUGAACCGCAACCUGGAGGAGGAGCAGCGGGGUGGGGGCACCCUGUGCCAGCAGGACCCAGCCGUCUGGAAAUCGUAUUACGCCCUGGUGCAGGACUAUAGCAAGUGCAAGGAGGGGAGUGGGGGCUAG